CGGCCAAGCCAAAGCUAAAGAAAAAUCCAAGGGAAACAGACUCUAAAUAAGGGGAGACCAGACUGACCAAGAGCAUUUCCGGAAAAAGAACAGAAAGAAAAAUCAGAAGUGAGAAUAAAAAAAAGGAAUAAUGUUGAGCUCAAAGUCCUUCUAUGUUAUCAGAACCCUAGCUUUGCUCUUUGUCUCGUCGGUUUUCGCUGACGACGUCGUCGUCCUCACUGAGAGCAACUUCGACAAGGAGGUCGGCCAAGAUCGCGGCGCUCUCGUCGAGUUCUACGCUCCCUGGUGUGGGCACUGUAAGAAGCUUGCACCGGAGUAUGAGAAGCUCGGUGCAAGUUUUAAGAAAGCAAAAUCUGUUCUAAUAGGAAAGGUGGACUGUGAUGAGCACAAAAGUCUUUGCAGUAAGUAUGGUGUUUCUGGAUAUCCCACGAUCCAGUGGUUUCCAAAAGGGUUCCUUGAGCCCAAAAAGUAUGAAGGUGCACGUGGUGCUGAAGCUCUUGCUGAGUUUGUGAAAAAGGAAGGAAGGACCAAUGUGAAGAUAGCUGCAGUUCCAUCUAAUGUAGUGGUACUAACACCACAUGACUUUGAUGAAAUCGUCCUGAAUAACGAGAAGGAUGUUUUGGUGGAGUUCUAUGCACCAUGGUGUGGCCACUGCAAAUCCCUUGCUCCUAUAUACGAGAAGGUUGCAUCAGCAUUUAAGUUGGAUGCUGACAAACACAGGGACUUGGCUGAAAAGUAUGGAGUAAGUGGGUAUCCCACGUUGAAAUUUUUCCCAAAAAGCAACAAGGCCAGAGAAGAUUAUGAUGGCGGCAGAGAUUUAGAUGAUUUUGUAACUUUCAUUAAUGAGAAAUGUGGGACUAGCAGAGAUGGAAAAGGACAACUUACUUCCAAAGCUGGUAUAGUUGCAGCGCUGAAUGACUUGGUGAAGGAAUUUGUGAAUGCUGGAAAUGAUGAGAAGAAAAUCCUCGCCAAGAUAGAGGAGGAAGUUGAGAAGCUUAAGGGCGCCACUGCAAGAUACAGUAAGAUCUAUGUUAAGGCUGCCAAGAACAGUCUAGAGAAAGGUGCUGAUUACUCCAAGAAGGAAAUUCAGCGACUUGAACGCAUGCUUGAAAAGCAAUCAAUCAGCCCAAGCAAGGCGGAUGAGUUCACUCUCAAGAAGAAUAUUCUAUCUACGUUUGCCUCGUAUUAAUCAGCCGUCGAAAGAAGUAGCGGAUCCUGUGAUUUUGCUUGGAGAUCUUCAUAACAUAGUUCCAGAGAUUUCAUGUCUCACAAUCUUCUUCUUUCUUAGCUUGGGAAUGUAAACGUUAUGCUGUACCCUAUGCAAAUCUGUUGCUAAUCUGUACUCUAUGCAAAUCUGUUGCUAAUCUUUUUGCGCUUUGAAGUUGAAUAGUAUAACCAGUUGAGGAUAGCUUUGGGUAAAAUCAACACAACAUUUGUAUUCUUGAAUGGAAUGUCUUAGUAUAAUAUAAACUUUUUUGGGCAUAGCAAGGCAUAACUUGAUG